AACGGUUACGCGGUUUCUCACAUUAGGACCUAUGAUAUAAUUAAUUUUCUAACCAUGGCUCUAAAUUUAAUUAAUCGAUUAUUGUCUUAAAGAAAACUAAGUUGGGCCUUUGAUAUGUUUAUAACGUCACAUAUGGAAAACAUUUAACAAAUGUAAACUUCAAAAGGAUUUACUUUUUUUAUUAUUUAUAAUGUGAUAAAAGUUCAUCAACAAAUUAUCUGUUAAACGCCAGUAACAAAAUUUUAUCUACCUUUAUUAUUUACAUCCGUCUUUGGAAUUACUAUUUAAAAAGAACAAAAAAAACGUUGGAACCCAUAUAUUCUAUCUCUGAAUAGAGAUGAAAUAUUUCUUCUAGAGCUGUGAGAAUGAAUGAUAUCCUCAUGAGGUGUGCAUCUCAGAGUGUUUCUAAAAAAUUGAUUCUGUUUCAAGAACCCAAGCCAAGACCGAAUGCCAAGAUCUCGAAGUCCAUACUUGGCGGCGCCCAGCCAGAUGUUUUCAAUUGUAUGGUCAGCUUAUUAUUGAUGACACAGUUUUCUGUUCGUCUCCUAGUUUAAUGGAUACAUCUUUGUUUAAAUAAACAUUGGAUAAACUAUAAAUUUAAAUAACUGCAUUCAUAAUGGUUUCCGAAGCGUUUGAGGAGAAACUGAGAAUGGUAGAAAUAGUGUGCAAUGGGUGGGUUUUUUUAUCAAGUUUUGAUUCUGGUAAUUUGGGGUCAGUUGAAGCUGUCCAACCUUCAGUAACACCAAACAAUACUUGUUCAUCUGAUUCGGUUAAUGAUCAGCCUGAUUUUGAAUUUAAUGUAUGGACGAAACCAGAUUGUGCCGGAACUGAAUUCGAAAAUGGAAACAGGACAUGGUUUUAUUUUGGGAUGAGAGAGGGACUACCCUUCUCGAAUGUGAAGAUAAACAUAGUCAACCUGAACAAGCAAUGCAAGAUGUAUGCUCAAGGAAUGACUCCAGUUUACAAAAUUGUACCAGGAAAGAAUCACUGGGAAAGGAUUAAGGAUAAACCAACAUUUAAUAUGGAAGACAAGCAGUUCACUGUGAGCUUCGUUUAUAGAUUUGGUGACACAAGACUGCAAACAGUUUAUUUUGCUUUUACAUAUCCUUAUACUUACACGGAUCUCCUCAACCACCUUGCAGCAUUAGAAAAUCAUAGUAAGACUAAACUUGGACAUGGGGACAAUAAUUCAGAACCAAAACAGGAUGAUAUUUAUUUCCAUAGAGAAUUAUUAACUUAUUCAUUGGAAUCUCGCAGAGUAGAACUCAUUACAAUAAGUUCACAUCAUGGUAUAACAAAAAUACGGGAACCUCGGUUGCCUAACUUGUUUCCUGAUCAAAAUAUUCCCCGCUGUUUCCGGUUUUUACCUUACAAGAAGGUUGUUUUCCUCAGUGCUCGGGUACAUCCAGGGGAAACACCAUCAAGUUUUGUUAUGGCCGGUAUGAUGAAUUUUCUUAUGUCACGGGAAGAUUCAAUAGCAUUUGCUUUGAGAAGGCAUUUUGUAUUCAAACUGAUCCCGAUGUUGAAUCCUGAUGGAGUCUACUGUGGAAAUUAUAGGACAGACACUCGUGGUGUCAAUCUCAACAGGGUUUACGGCUGUCCAUCUGCACAUCUCCAUCCCAGCAUAUAUGGGGCUAGAGCUAUGCUAAGGUAUUACCAUCAUGGCACAAUUGUUCCUGAAGAAGAAUUUGAUGAAAAACCAUCCUCAAUUGAGGAUAGAGUUUCCGGUUUAUCACUCAGUAAAAGUCAAUUAUCCCUUGGUCCCGGAGAAACUGCAACUUACAAAAUCAGUUGUGGAAGUGGAUCGGAGAUGGUUGUAUCACUUGAACCUGAUAAAGAAUUGACAUCUUCACGUGUGAUUACACCAAUUGGAUUAGGUAGAGUUGGUAAUACAAAUGAUGAUUCAGGAUUAUUUACGUAUAUAGAUAUGCACGGCCAUACAUCAAAAAAAGGUAUUUUCAUGUAUGGAAAUCAUUUUGAUAAUUUGAAUAUGAAAGUGGAAUGUAUGUUGUUUCCUAAAUUAAUAACACUGUAUUCCCAGCAUUUUCUUUUUGAUUCUUGUAAUUUUACUGAAAAAAACAUGUAUAUUCGGGAUAGGAGGGAUGGUAGCUCUCGAGAAGGCUGUGGUCGAGUAGCUAUUUAUAAAGCUACUGGAUUGGUUCGUUGUUACACACUUGAGUGUAAUUACAACACUGGAAAGAAUCUCAACAUGCUGCCUCCACCAUAUCGGGAUUCAUUAGAGAGAAGAUCUCAUCCCAACCUCAUCGUCCCUCCUAAGUACACCCCUAUCAUAUAUGAAGAGGCUGGAAAAUCAGUAUUAUCUGCACUUUUAGAUCUAGUAGGAAUGCAUCCAAAUACAAGGCUGAUAAAUUCAGUUUACCACAGCAUAACCACGGUCAGGGAAGUCCUUCGAAAGAGAGUUAUAAUGGAGGAAAUGAUCGAGAAGGAUGAAACGAAUGAUAAGAAAAAACAUGGUGGCAAACUAGCAGCAAGAAAGAUUCGUGGAAACAAAAAUGGCCGCUCGAGGAUCAUAAGAACUGAAGCUGUCCAUGGAAGGAGAAAUACCCAAGAAUCUCUUAGUGGCCUGCCUGGUCGAAAGCUCUCUGAGAAGAAGAAGAAGAAGAAAAAGAAAAAGUUAAGAGAUGAGGGUGGUUGUUCCUCUGGGAAAAGAAGGAUUGAAAAAAAGUGCUGCUCUAUUGAAUCAUCUAGGAGGCUAUCGAUGGAGCAUCGUAGAAAGAAACUAAAAGCCAAGUGAAGCUAUUGGAAUUCACUUGAAGUUUUAUGUGCAAUUUUAAUAACUGGCUGUUGCUGUUUAAAUAUACUUAUUUUUAUGUUAUAAUAAAUUUUAAUAUUUAUUAUUUAUUAGUAAUAAAAAAGUUAUUUUAAUUUUAAUUAUUCAA